AUGUAUCUCCCUACUUUGACACGCACAGCCCCAUAUAGAGAAGCGGACGCAACACGAGGGAGUUUCCAGAAUGACAUUUGUCGAUCUGUGAAAGCUCACUAUCGGCACAAAUUUGACCUCGAAUAUCAUGGAGAGCUGAAGGAGACGAGACUUCGAAAGUGCCAGGGAUGGAAGAGGAUCAGGCAUCAGGAAGUGACUGCCAGUGUAGUUCUACGAGGGCAGACGGCGGGAUUAGAACGAGCAUGCAUCGGUCUGGGUCUCACUCUGAAAUUUGCGGAUGGAAUUGAGUCCAAGCACAAGGGUAUGUUGGAGACCGUGAAUAUGUUGAAGAAAGGAAAAACCUCGCGGACACGCGCUGCGGGGAUUUUUAUUCUCCCGCCAAUUCAU